GGGGGGGGUUCAGGGUUUAUCAUUCGUCCUCUGUCAUCAUCAUCAUCAUCAUUUAGUCGUCUCUAAUUUCAAGCUUGCGCACAACUAUGGGUUUGUUGAGGAUUGAGAGAAUUUGUGAUUUGCCCGACGAUUUGCUGUUGCGGAUCUUACUCCUCAUCCCGACGAAAGAUGCAGUGGCCACUGGUAUCUUGUCUAAAAGAUGGCGUUGCGUUUGGAAGAUGCUCCCUGAACUCGCCUUCAAACACGACGACCAAGGGAGCGAGAGCUUUGUGUGGUUUGUUGACAAGUCACUGCAACACCAUAAGGCACCGAAACUAGUUAGCCUUGUUGUCGAACUGGGUCCACAAUGUCCUCCUGUUGACGACGUAGAUGUCAGAAAGUGGGUUGACAAGGCUGUUAACCACGGUGUGAAAAAGUUAGAUUUCAAUCUCCUCUUGACGACAGGAGAGCCCACAAGCUUACCUCAGAGCCUUUACACAUGCGACUCCCUCGUUUCUUUAACUCUAUCAAACCAGAUUCUAGUGGACGUUUCUUUCCCGGCUAACUUACCAUCUCUCUCAUAUCUGAAACUUGCCUAUGUGGUCUACAAAGACGAAGAAUCUCUUGCUAGGCUUUUAUCAAGUUCCCCUGUUCUCAAACAACUGGUGGUUAGACGACCUGGUAAAGAUGACAACUUGAAAAACUUUACCGUGAAAGUGCCUUCGUUGAAAAGUUUUACUUAUCUGACCGAAGAGGAAGAGGAAGAGGAAGAGGAAGAGGAAGAGGACGACUAUCUCACUGGGUCGUUGGUGAUAGAUUGCCCUGGAUUAAAAUUCUUAGAAGUCUCUGACGAUAGGCGGAGAGACUCUCUUAGUUUGAUGAAUAAUUUUAUUUGCCUUGAUACCGCAGCCACCACCUUGAUUGUUAACAAUGAUGCUGAAAAGUUUCUGAGAUGUCUUUCUUCUGCCAUACGUCUCAACUUGUUUUUUACCGAAUCAAUGGUUGCGUGUUUGAAAACCAUUGAAUUCCCUAGGGUCACAGAUUUUGUCUUCAAUGCAGCAUUUUCAUUAUAUUGGUUGGAACCACUUCUGUGUUUGCUUCAGAAAUUUUCUAAACUGAAAACUCUUGCCGUCCAGGCCAUUGAGUCUCUCCCAUGUUCCUGGAACCAGCCGAGUACUAUUCCCCAAUGCUUAUCGUCUCAUCUAGAGAUUGUUCAGUGGAUACAGUAUCAAGGAAAAGAAGAUGAGAAACAACUAAUGAAAUACAUUCUCGCUAACUCAAAAUGUUUAAAGACAGUGGAGAUGUCCUUCUUAGAAACAUGCGAUCUCAAAGAGUGUCAAAUGGAGUUAGAAGCUAUGCCUAGGAUUUCACCAUCAGCUCGGCUUGUUUAUUGUACCCCUAAAGUCUGUUGGAGUUAUAAGCGGGAUACUUAUGAUUAUAUACACUAAAAUAUUUUUAGAAUUAUCAUUAGUAAGUUAUUUCAAAAGACUUUUUUUUGUUUUUUUUUUGCUUUUGAAAUUAAAUGGACUCUUCUAGUGCUCAAUGGUGUUUCCCUUUGUUCA